AAAUGAAAACAUUUUGUUCGAUCGAUAUCGAAAGACACGAACAAGAUGAUCAUCCAAAGUUAUUGUCGAUUUAUAUUUGUUCGAAAAAUUUCCAUCAAUAACAAUCCUUUACGAUUAUUAUCUUCGAAAGGUAAAUUUUUUGAUGAUUCAGAUGAAAAAACCAAACAAACAAAACAAGCGAUAAGCGAUUUGAAAGCCAAACAAUUGUAUCCCGAAUAUGAACAAACUGAAUAUGGAAUUGUUUAUGAUAGAAAACCAUUCAAAUAUCAAUGCAUCGCUGGAAAAGCAUAUUUUUGGUGUAGUUGUGGCCAUAGUCAUAAACAGCCAUUCUGUGAUGGAACACAUCGUAAUGAACAUUUAAAAAUUAAAUUAAAACCAUUACGAUGGGAUUGUAACGAAACAAAAGAAUAUUGGUUUUGUAAUUGUAAACAAACAAAACAUCCACCAUUUUGUGAUGGUACUCAUCGACAGAAAUCUAUACAGGAUGGUCCAUCAACUAUACGUGAUCAUCAUUCACCACCAUUAGUAAUUGAAAAAAUUAAAAAGAAAUAGCAAAGAUAAUCAAAAAAAAAAAA